GAGGAAGAUUCUCUUUAGUGUGAUUACUUACAAGUAAUAUUACCUCAUCAUGGAAGAACUAUCACCAGAAGAAAUUCAGCUGAGGGCCAACCAGGUCACUGAUGAGUCUUUGGAAAGCACAAGGAGGAUUCUCGGUUUGGCCAUUGAGUCCCAGGAUGUUGGCAUCAAAACUAUUACCAUGCUAGAUGAACAAGGAGAACAACUAAAUCGCAUAGAAGAAGGCAUGGACCAGAUAAAUAAGGACAUGAGAGAAGCUGAAAAGACACUGACAGAGCUCAACAAAUGUUGUGGGCUCUGUGUCUGCCCUUGUAACAGGACAAAGAACUUUGAGGCCAGCAAGGCAUACAGAGCAACCUGGGGAGAUGGAACGGAGAACUCAGCAGAUCAUGUGAUAUCCAUGCAACCAAGACGUAUAAACCAGCAGCAGCCUCAGGCUUCUGGAGGACCAAGUGGUGGAUAUAUUACAAGAAUAACAAAUGAUGCCAGAGAAGAUGAAAUGGAUGAAAAUCUUGCUCAAGUGGGAAACAUUCUUGGGAAUUUGAAAAACAUGGCUUUGGAUAUGGGCAAUGAAAUUGAUGCCCAGAAUAAACAAAUAGACCGGAUAAACGUAAAGGCUGAUACAAACAGGGACCGCAUUGAGCAAGCCAACAUCAGAGCCAAGAAAUUAAUUGACAAUUAAAACCUGCUGUCAUUGUUCAAUGACACUGUCUCUCCAGCUGCAAACCACCAUAUUCAUGGAUCUGUGAAACUUUUAUUCUUUAAUAAGAGGGGCUGGGAAAAAUGAAGCAGUAACUUUCUAUAGUAAUUAAUUUUCUCUUAUUGCUUCAUGUAAACAUGGCUUUGGCUCAAAGAAAGCAGCCAACUUCCUUCUACUCAUCUACCUUUACUUCCUCUAUACUGCUCAGGGCUAAAAGUAUUAGGGCUUUGAGAAUCUUCUUGCAUGUUUUAUUCCUCCUCCCAGUUUUUCUUUUUUUUUUAAUUUUUUUUUUAAUUUCUUGCACCGAAAAUACAGUCCUUUUAUUGAAGUUGAACAAGCAGGGGUAACCUGAAUUCACAGUUGUGGAAAGUUGGAGAGGGCACUUUGCACUGUUUGAAAUACCUCAUAAGUUGAGUGUCUUCACUAAAAUAGGGACUUGGUGAACAUUGUCUAACUUGUAUCUCUAGCAUGCUAACCAUAGCUUUACAAUCCAAACCACAUGACUGGUUUGGGGUUGAGUUUGUGGAUCACAAAAUUGAAGAGGCCCAUUACUUACAGCUUGUGAGUUGAGGGCUUUAAAACACUUCGUAACCACACGAACUUUAAGGUAAUGGUAACUGGAGGGAUAUAGAGGUUUCCAUUUCUUUACUGUAAAUUGGCAUCACUUUGGAGGCCAUGACUAGGAAAUCAUGCUGCAUUGCUCUGAUAUUUGUUGUGCGUGUAUAUAUAUGCCUGAUCUAAAGCCUGUGCACACGUGAGUAGAAGAAAAUAAAACUAUCUCCCUAAAGUAUUUAUUUGAUGGAAAUUUUUACACCCCUCAUCUGAAAGUUAACUUCUAAGUGUUUGUAUGAUGCAUCUAAACUGGAAGGAACUGAGUAGAAAAGCAUGCAGAUCUCUUGCAUCCCAUAUCUUAUUCUCUUUUGGCCAGUUUUCACUGGAGUUCAGUUUAUGCCUUUCUCCAGUGCAAAAUAGUGACUGAAGUUUGCUGUCAGCAGUGACUUUGGGAGUACUUUUUAAACCUAUCAAAACCAGAGAAGCUUAUUAUGAAACUUUUUUGUCACAGGUCUGGAGGAAGAAGUAGCCAUUUAUGAACUGUAUGCUAGUUCUAAAUAAACUAGUUCUAAAUAGA